AUGAGCUUAUCUAGACCAUAUAAAUCAGUUAAAAAGAGUAAGCUGGGGAAUGCUGAUAAAAAUCAGUCUCUGAUUUCCAGUUUCUUUGGUAGAGCUACUUCGGAUUCAACCAAAUCAAACGUGAAGAGAACGCCGCUUGCUUUAACAACCCCAGAAAAAGUAGCAUUGAAUAGAAGUAACUCCUUUCUUUCUAAAGCUGUCGUUUCAAGUGGUACUUUUGAUGAAUUCGCUAGCUCGGAUACCUCUUUUGGGUCUCCUGAGAUUAAUAAUUUUAAAAAUCCGGCAUUGACAAAAUCUUUUAUGGGCCAGGAGUCCCGUGGUACACAAGUAGUAGAUUUGACAGAAGACGAUGAAACAGAUGUGCAGAUCGUAUAUCAACAGAUGACUAGUCCUAUUUCCCAUACAAAGAACCAAAAAACUGAAACGCAGAAAGCAAAUAAUGCACCUCUAAAGAGAGGACACCAAGACUUGUUGGAAAAGCUAAAUGGACAGCCUAGAAAAGUGCCCCGAAAUUUUAAACUUACUAGCCCCCUGUUGACAUCUUUACAACACUCUUCACUGAUUGCUUUGAGCGAUGAGCAGAUGAUGGUAAUAAAGUAUAUAGUUCUGGAUGGGCUCAAUGUAUUUUAUACUGGUAGUGCUGGUACAGGUAAAUCUGUUGUUCUACGUGAGUUAGUCCACUCUCUUCACCUGAAGUACGGUGCCAGUAGGGUUGGAGUCACUGCAUCGACAGGAUUAGCUGCAUGCAACAUCGGUGGUCAAACAAUUCAUCGAUUUUUAUCCAUUGGAUUGGGUACUGGGAGCGCCUUUGAAUUGGCCAAAAGAAUCAAGAAGAACCCUGCUAAUUUGAAAAAGUGGAAAAAUUUAAAAGUAUUAAUUAUUGAUGAAAUAUCUAUGAUUGAUGGCAAAUUAUUCACAAAGUUAGAUGAAUUAGCUAAAAUUAUACGUUCAAGUCAACUUCCUUUUGGUGGAAUUCAAGUUGUUUGUACAGGUGAUUUCUUUCAAUUGCCUCCUGUCAAUAAAGAUGGUUUGUCAGAAUUUUGCUUUCAGAGCGCAGCAUGGGAUAAAGUUAUCCAAAAGACUAUACUAUUAACUCAAGUCUUCAGGCAGAAAGGAGAUACUGAGUUAAUCGAUAUGUUGAACGCAUUACGGUACGGAAGUAUGGAUGAUAGCAUGAUUGCAAAAUUUUAUAAGCUAUCAAGAAAUGUUGUUUAUGAUGAUGGUCUUGAACCAACCGAAUUGUUUCCUACUAGAGAUGAAGUCAAGAGGGCUAAUCAAACAAGACUUAGUCAGAUUCCAAGCAGAUCGCUAAAAUUUAAAGCCGAGGAUAACAUUUCAGAUGUCAAUCAUAUAAAAAUGCUAGAUAAUUUAAUGUGUGAAAAGGAAUUAGAGCUAAAAGAAGGGGCACAAGUGAUGUAUCUAAAGAACCUUGAUGAUCAAAUUGUCAAUGGCUCAAUUGGAACUGUGACAUGCUUUAUGUCUUCAAAACUUUGGGAAAAAGUAAAUGAUGUUUACAAAGGAAAUUUAUAUGACAUUGAUGAUCAAAUAGCUGAUGAGCUAAGGCUAUUAUCGUCUAGAGUUGGAUGCGUUGCAAACUGGUCGCCUGAAGAAACCCAAAGAUUUGAUCGCAUACCAAACGAACGAAAAUCAAACUUUACGAAAUUAGCCGCUGUAGCCUCGAGUGAAUUAGUAUCCGAUUUAUAUCCAGUGGUGAAUUUUAAGACCAACAAAGGGAACACCCUUAUUCGUGUGACUAGAGAAGAUUUCAGCAUUGAAGCAGGAAGAAUUAGAAAUUACACUGGUGGCGAAGCUGAUAAAAUUACCAGGUCGCAAUUGCCCUUAUUAUUAUCAUGGGCAUUAUCUAUUCAUAAGGCACAAGGUCAAACCAUUGACAGGUUAAAAAUUGAUCUAAGAAAAAUCUUUGAAAAGGGUCAAGUUUAUGUUGCGCUUUCAAGAGCAACUAAUAAAGAUCAUUUGCAGAUAUUAAAUUUCGAUCCGAGACGAAUUAAUGCCUCCCAAGAUGUUAAAAAAUUCUAUCAUAAAUUAGAAACAACGCAUAAUAUCUAG